AUGUCACUACUCGCCCGCGCGAAAGACCUAACCUACAAUCCGGAUCACACAAGAUGGAUGACACCUCUCUUGCUCAUUGCAGACGCGGCGCUUUCAGGCGUGAUAAUCGAGAAGAUACCAUAUACAGAGAUAGACUGGACGACGUAUAUGCAGCAGAUAUCUAUCUAUUUGAAAGGCGAGCGCGAUUACAAGAACAUUUCGGGCUCAACAGGUCCGCUUGUGUACCCUGGUGCGCACGUAUGGAUCUACAAGCAUCUGUACAAGUGGACGGAUGAAGGGCGGGAUAUAGGCCUUGCGCAGUACAUUUUCGCAGGAGUGUAUCUGCUUACGCUUGGUGUGGUUUUCCAAUGUUACAGGAAGGCUAGGGUCCCACCUUACGUCUUCCCGCUGCUGAUUCUAUCAAAGCGUAUGCAUAGCAUUUUCAUGCUGCGAUGCUUCAACGAUUGUUUCGCUGUACUAUUCUUUUGGUUGGCUGUCUACUGUUACCAACGCAACCAAUGGCAUCUGGGAAGCGCGCUGUAUAGCACGGGCCUGAAUGUCAAGAUGAGCUUGUUGUUGCCAUUGCCGGCGAUGGGCAUCUUGAUGGUGAUGAAAUUGGGCGGAAGAGAAGCAUUAACGCAGGCUAUGAUCAUUGGGCAAAUUUCGGUCCUGUUUGGGUAUCCCUUCAGAAAGCGCGCACCCAGUUACUUUGCUCGCGCUUUCGAACUCAGCCGUGCCUUCCUCUACAAGUGGACCGUGAACUGGCGCUUCGUCCCAGAAUCAACGUUCCUCUCCCGGCCUUUCGCCAUCGGCCUACUCGCUCUCCAUGUUGGCCUCCUUGUCUGGUAUGCGCGAACCCGCUGGAUCAAGCCUUCGAAGCGCAAUGUCCGCGAGUUCCUCAAACUUUGUAUUCCAGCCAUUGAGCCACGCGACCAAGAUACCAUGUCUAGCAAGAUUACGCCCGACUUCAUCAUGACGACAAUGCUGACCGCGAUGACGAUUGGAUUGCUCUGCGCGAGGAGUCUGCACUACCAGUUCUACUCUUACAUUGCAUGGAGCACGCCCUUCCUGCUGUGGAAAGCAGGUUUCAAUCCGGCCGUGGUAUAUGCAUUAUGGGGCGCGCAAGAGUGGGCGUGGAAUGUGUACCCAAGUACACCGGCUAGUUCGGCGACGGUUGUGGGCGUUCUGGCGAUUACGGUCGCAGGCGUAUGGUGGGGAACGAGGAAAGAGUACGAAGGCGUGACGAAGGGUAUAAUCGAGGAGGAUCAUGAGCACGCUGAGUGA